UUGUGUGUUUUCAGUGUGUUCUAGGCCUUUUAGGUAUAUUUUACGUACCUUGAGUAUGUGGAUUGAGAUGUGUUCCAGUAUUUGCAGGUUUGGAGUGUGUUUUGGAAGCUUUUUGAGGUAUUGUGCGGUGUUUUGAGUGUGUUUUUGGGCUAAAUUUGAGUGUUUUAAGCUGUGUGGGUGUGUAUUAGGAGUCUUUCGGAUGUGUGUGGGGGUGAAUUGGGUAUAUAUUGGGUGUUUUUAGUGAGUUUUAGGUGUGUUUGGGGUAUUUUGAGGGGUUGCAUGGCUUUUUGAGUGUGGUAGGGGAUGAUAUUGAGUGUUGUAAGUGAUUUUGGUUUAUAUUGAGUGUUUCUAGUGAGUCUUAGGUGUGUCUUGGUGCAUUUUGAGGUGUUGCAUGGUGUUUUAAUAUGGUAACACUAAAUCGGUGCCUGCUAUUGGCCAAUGACCAGUAUGAACGAAGUUUUCAUAUAUUAUUCGUGUAAUUUCUUUGAAUAAUGGAUACAAGCCUGCCUGCAGUACAUUAUGACUGUAUUAUACUCGAUCUACUUCGUUCAUCUGUAGAUACUGGCAUUUACAACGAUUCCUAAAUAAUAUUAAUAAUAACAUUCUUAUAAUAAGCACUAUAUAGUAUACUAUUUGUGAUUUGUAACUCAUGGGUAUCUACCAUCUGUAUUCAUGUGGAACCGAUUCCGGAACCGGUUCCUGCCCCUACAGCACAAAUAUAUGUAGUGGCAAUAAUUAACUUUAGACAACUGUAAUAGUGUUAUCUAAAUGUGCUAAUGUUGUUGUUAGUCCAUUUUUAACGAGGUGAUGUGAUAAAAAGAGGAUGAAAUAUGAGAAGAGAGAUAGGUAAUUGUAAAGAGCAAAUGUGUGUACCUAGAUAAUGACAAUAAUUAACUUCAAACAACUUUAAUAAUGUUAUCUAAAUGUGCUAAUGUUGUUUGUAGUCCAUUUUAACAAGUUGUAUAAUGUAAAAAGGGUGAAAUACGAGAAGAGAGAUAAUUGUAAAAAGCAAAUGUGACGUGUACUUUAAGCAGUGACAAUAAUUAACUUCAAACAACUUUAAUAGUGUUAUCUAAAUGUGCUAAUGUUGUUUUUAGUUCAGUUCACUUCAAUUAGGUGGUGUGAUAGAACAAAAAAGUGAAAUAUGAAGAGAUGGAAUUAAUUGUAAAGCGUAAAUAUAUGUAGUGACAAUAUUUAACUUCAGAAGUGCUUAAAAGUGUUAUGUAAGUGUGAUAAUGUUGUUUUUAGUCUAUUUUAAAGAGGUGACGUGAUGAAAUAAGGAAUGAAACGCGAUAUGAUUGACAUAAACACUCGCCGUUGAAAAGAGAGAGAGAGAGAGAGAGAGAGAGAGAGAGAGACACUAAAGUCAAAACACAGGCGGGGAGAUUCAAAUAAAUAAGUUAAAAUGAACAAUAUAUGCGUUGGAAAUGAGACACUGAGCCAUUUGAAGUCGUAAAGGAAGAGAAGAGUGACUUGAAGAGAUAUUGAAGACUCCAGGAAGAAGAAGAAGAGGAGGAGGAGGAGGAAGAGGAAGAGAAGGGAGUAUAGCAUUUUCUUCCCACCAUGAGCAAAGUGUUCCCUCAAUCUGACAGGAGAGGGAUGGAGGCGGCCCUGGACUUGGUGGAGGACACAUUGGCAACCCUGCGCAAGAGAGUGGAGCAGGAAGAGGAGAGAGGGAGAGGUAGAGGGAGAGAUGCCGCCACCAACACUACACCACCACCACCACCACCCUCCAUCACCUCCUCCAAAGCCGCAAAGAAACCAAGAAACAAAAGUGUCUUGAUCAAACGCAAAACAAAAUACAAAGCAAAGAGGACAAGACAGGUAAACACUUCAGAGCAAGCUAGCCAAGGAACACAGAGGGAGAAGACUGAGGCACCACAUUACUGCAAGCACUGUAACCCAAGGAAGGACAGAGAAGGCAUUAAACAAACCGAAAAAACAAGCAGACCUUCAUCUAUUGAUCCUAAGUUAGCAAAUGAGAGAGUUGUAUGGAAGCCAGCACAGAAAGACCAUAGGGAGCAAGAACCAGAUACUUCCCAAGACUGCCUGUGCUAUGGCAAUACUUUAUGUGACAAUCCAUGCCCUGUUGGAAGAGAAAGAGUCAUAUGGAAGCACAGGACAAGGGAUAGGAAGGAAGAGUCACAGAACACCUACCAUGACUGCUGCUUGUGUCACAGUGAUACCAACCUGCCAUUAAGAUCAGCCAGAACACAGCAGGAUGACAUAUAUGAACACCCAGGCAGCAGAGAGGAGGUGUUUGGGAAGAGAGGGCACAGCAAACACAGAAGAGACAAAUCUGAUUCCUCCUGUCACAGCACUCCUCGUAAGACACACAAGGCAGCUAGACCAAGGCACACAGACACUGGUGGUAGAUCAAGGGAGAGAAAGACAAGUGAAAAAUCUUAUUCCUCUUGUCACAACUCUUGCAAGACACACAGGGAAGCUAGACCAAGGCACACAGCACAAGGCAAUGACACAGACACCAGUCAAUCAAGAGAGAGAAAGGCAAGUGACAAGUCUGAUUCCUGUAACAGCCCUCACAAGACACACAGAUCUACAUUAAGUCCUAACCCAAGGCAGACUGGCAUUGGCAGAUCAAGGGAGAGGAAGAUGAGAGGUACUGAGAGCCAAGUAAAGGGGCACCUCAAGAUAAGCACUCACUCUAAGGCAGCUGUUGAUGUGGAGAAGCAAGGAUAUGCCAGGCCCACACAUACCUCACAGCAGCGUGUUAAACAGUCCCACCCGAAGGAGAAAGAGAAUAUCAUCCCUUAUAUUCCCUGCGGAGCGAAGAGCCACAGUUUCCAUAUUGGGGUCACAGCACAACAGGAAAUAGGACGACUUCUCAACCAACCUCCUCCUGACCUGACCCACACACACUCCAAUCGCAGCAGUGGCCGGCCAGAGGGAGCAGCAACGAAAGGCUUAACACAGGAGAUAUUGAAGCAAGCCAUGACCAACAUACACCACCACUUGAAGGGCCACACUGACCACUGACACACCUGGCCACCACCUCUU